GCGUCAGAAAUUCUAUUCCCUGUUCCUAUUGCCUGUGCUUUCCUAUUGUGUGAUAGGCUUUAGAAUCUAUGGACCGAGCACGAAGUAGGAGAACGGGCAAGGGGGCUGUUAAAUUUUGCGGUAAGGGGGGCGAGAGUGCUCUCCUUUUCUGUCCUCUUAGUAUUUCUUUCUACAAGAGGUCACAUUCGGCUUGAUGACGCAAUAUUUCGCGCUGGAUGAGAAACAGGUUUAAUUUUUGUGUUGAGCCGGUACGUAAUUUUAUUUUCUUAUUAAUUGUAAGUAUUAUAGUAUUCGAAAAACAAUUAUCUGUUAAAUACGGUAAAUAGAUUAAAUUUUGGUUUCUUCUCCUAUAAAGAGAAAGAGUAAUAACCUCAACGUCAAUGUCAAAAAAAAACCGUACACGCAAAAGUACCGAGUCGAAUGGAAAUCGGACGACAACUUAAAAGAUUGGAUCCAACCCAUUCCAACAGAUAUUAAUUCAGUACACUGCAAAUUUUGCAAGUGUAUUUUGAAGGCGCAUUAUAAUCUGCUCAUUGAGCAUACCAAGACUAAAAAACAUAUCAAUGCUGCUGAGCCCUUUUCUUCAGCACGGCAAACACAACUUCCUUUUAAAGCUGCACCCAAGCUGGGUAAAGAAACUGCUGCUGCUGAAGUUGGAAUGGCAUUAUUUAUAAUAAAUCAUUGUGCUUUACGUAACAUAGAUCAUCUCUGUCAACUUAACAAGAAAAUUUUUAACACUGCCAAAGGUGUUGAACAGAUCCAGCUUGGCCGCACUAAGUGCACCGGCAUAAUAAAAAAUAUAAUUGCGCCACACUUUAUAUCAGAUUUGAGGGAAGAUAUUGGUGAUAGUCCUUAUAGUCUCUUAAUAGAUGAAUCAACAGAUAUAAGUGUCUCAAAGCAACUUGGAAAUAUGAGAGGACUUGGGACUGAUAACGCAGCGGUCAUGACAGGAGUCAAUACAGGAGUGUACCAAAGACUUAAGGCUGACAUUCCUCAUUUAAUUCUCAUACGAUGUGUUUGCCAUUCCAUUCAAUUAGCGGUUUCAGAAUCUGUUAAAGAAGUAAUGCCAAAAAAUUUGGAGUUUCUCAUCAGCGGGACGUAUACCUGGUUCUCCAG